AUGAAUUAUAUCAGUGAAUAAACAAAAAUAGUUAAAAUUUACGAAGAAAAUUCAAUGUAUUAUUUAUUUUUGAAAUGCAUGAAAUUAUAAUCAUUAGAAUCUUUGAUUCUCUAAGAUUUUGAAUUUAGAGAGACUCAUUUAGUUUGCAUAAUCUAUCUCAUUCUUUAAACUUUACAAAAAUAUAAAAACUUGGGAAUAUAUCAUGGAAAUGUUAACUUAAAAUCAAUCUAUGUGAAUAUAUCAGAUGCUGUAUUAUAAAUACUCCUUCUAUUUCCUAAAUAUUAAUCCAAUAAUAACAAAGGUACAUAGCUGGAUUUGUUAAAUCUAGGACAAUUACUUUAUUAAAUAAUAUUUUAUGAAAAAAAGGAUAAAAUUAAAUAAAUUAUAGAUCAAAAUCUAAUUACAUAGUAAAAAUAAUUAUUUUUAAACAUGAACGCAGAAAAUAAGCAAUUCAAAUUCUUGUAUAGAAUUAGUUAGUUAGACUUACUGAAUCAAUUACUUACCCAAAAUAUUUCUAUUGAAAAUGCAUUAAAACAUUUAUGGUUUGUAACUGUGAAAUAAAAUCUAAAAACAGAAUUUGUUAAGGUAACAAAAGAACGCUUAAAUUUGCGUACGAUAGUUGAAUCAAAUAAUGAAUUAAGUAUGACUCUAUCAAUGGACAAAAGACUUUCGACUAAGGAAUUUGCUGAGUAUGUGAAUACAGAAAUCGAAGAUGAAUUUCCAGUAAAAUGUUCAAUUCUAAAUCCAUUUUAGAUGAAUCCCUCAAAAUAAAAACAUGACAAUUGUGUUUCAAAACCAAAAAGUUUUUCAAGUUAUGAUCUAAAUUUAGUAAAUAAAGAAAAAUUCUUUGCAAAUAAUUAAUCUUUUAUUGUUUAAUGA